CAUUCCGGCUGCGAAGGUACUCCGGACUUGGCUCCGACGCCGCUGUCUGCUUGUGACAGUCGAUCGCUGACGGUAGGGCGUCUGGACGCGCUCACCUUAUCGGCGUACGGACGGACGAUCAGGCAUUAGGAAGCGCCCUACUAAUCGCAAGGGUAAGAAUCACAAGCCGCAGUAAGGCAACAAGCGAACGGGCCAUCUCAGAGCGAUGUCGCAGACCGAACUGGACGAAACAGCUGUGGAGAAUUUCCGCGAGUACCUGCGGAUACCGUCGGUGCAGCCAGACAUCAACUACGAUGAAUGCGUGAAAUUCUUAACUAAACAAGCACAGUCUCUCGACUUACCAAUCAAAAUUUAUCACGUACAUCCUAAAAAACCGAUUGUGAUUUUAACAUGGAUGGGAACGGAACCUACGAAACAGUCGAUUCUCUUGAACAGUCACAUGGACGUUGUACCUGUUUUCGAAGACAAAUGGACCUAUCCACCGUUCAGCGCACACAUGGAUGAGCAAGGCAAUAUCUACGCUCGCGGCAGCCAAGACAUGAAAUGCGUGGGAAUACAAUAUUUGGAGGCAAUCCGUAGACUAAAACUGAACGGACAGCGUUGUCAACGCACUAUCCACAUCUCUUUCGUCCCGGACGAGGAGAUCGGCGGUGUUCUCGGAAUGAAAGACUUUGUGCACACCACGGACUUCCAAGCUCUGAACAUUGGUUUUGCGCUGGACGAAGGUGUGGCUUGCCCAUUCGAGAACUUCUAUUUGUUUAACGAAGAAAGAUCGAUUUGGCAUGUCGAAAUAAAGUGUAUGGGCAGUCCCGGUCAUGGAUCCAUCAUGUUGGACAACACAGCAGGCGAAAAAUUAAGAAUCAUAAUCGACCGUUUCACAGAUUUCAGAGCCUCCGAAAAAGCAAAACUAAGCAAUGAUCCUACGAAAUUAGUGGUUACUCUUGGCGGAGUGACAUCUGUCAAUCUUACAAAAAUUUGGGGUGGCGUACAAACUAAUGUUAUACCUACCGAACUCAAUGCUAUGUUCGACAUUCGUUUAACGCCUUCUGUUGAUCACGAAGAAUUCGAGGCUACUAUCAAACGCUGGUGCGAAGAAGCUGGUCCAAAUGUAACCUACUCCUUCGAAGAAAAAAACCCCAAAAUUGAGGGCACCAAACUAGACGAGUCUAAUCCAUACUGGAUCGCUUUUAAAAAUAUCUGCGAUGAGAUUGGUGUUAAUUUAGAAAUCGGUAUCUUCGCGGGAGGUACAGAUAGCCGUUUUGUGCGAGAGGUGGGCAUUCCUGCUCUUUGUUUCUCACCAAUGAACAAGACAAAGAUACUUCUUCACGAUCACGAUGAAUAUUUAAACAAAGAUAUUUUCCUGAAGGGAAUAGAAAUAUAUACUAAAAUAAUACCGUCUGUUGCAAAUGUUUAAACGAAUAUGCCUUACAUUAUGCAUCAGAUUUUAAAAGUGCCAUAGUCGAAUGCUACUGACAGCUGAAUUCGACCAUUUAUAAGCCUAGUGAUACGUGUAUUAAUCAGAAUCUCUUGAGCUUUAGAGAUCGCAAUUAACGUGCAAUGAUAUCCUAAGUCAAUAUAUAUUUCUAUAUUACAUUUAUAUACAUAUUGUUAUGCUGUUUUCAA